AUGUGUAGAUAAAUAUAGUUACCAGUAUUAAAUAGAACUGAAGAAGAAGGAGUUGUUGUUGUUGUUGUUCGGGAUGAAUUCUUUAAGCACAAUGGAGGAUGUGGAGUUUUUAAAUUCACUUUUUACUGAGCGGUUGUUGGUGGUUGCAGGAGAAAUAUUUCAGGCAGUGAAAGAUCUUAUUAUUAAGUACCAGGAGCAAACAGAGUGCACCAAACAGGAAAAUAUUUACCUGAGGAAAAUGCUAACGGCUCAACACUUCCAUAAUGCACAAGAUCAAACCACUCAAGCAUUUUCUCAGGAGUUACCAAACAUCACCCAUGAAGCCCUGGAAAUAAAUUCCUCAGUUAUACAAGUGAAGGUGGAGGAUUCAACCAUGCAUCAGAACAUUAAACCACAGCAAUCAUUAAAUAAUCCAUCGGUAUGCACUUCUUCCUCUGCAGUGACUGCACCUUGUGAUUUUUCAGAACAGCCUACAAGUGAUGGGAUUAAUAACAACUGUUUAGAUAAUAAGCCAGCAAUGCUAAUAAAAUCUGAACCAUGUAAUUCCCAAAUCAUCUCUGAAAUCUCAUCCCCUGUGGUACAAGCUGCAAGUGGAACAACUGAGAAUCAUUUAAAAGAUUUACGAGAUAAUCACGACUCGAACCUUUCAUCCAAGUGCCAAAUGAUAAAUGAUUCAUUGCAAAGUCAGACUUCUGAAUCAGUCUGCUAUUGUGAAUAUUGUGGAAAGCCUUUCCAACACCGUGCCGAUCUGAAAAUGCACUUGGUGGUCCAUGAAAAAGAGAGACCAAGACCGUACCGCUGUGACUUAUGUGAGAAGAGUUAUUCAUAUGCACAAGUGCUUGAGGUCCACCGGAGGACUCAUACAGGAGAGAGACCGUAUCAGUGUAGAUUUUGUGGCAAACGUUUUAAUCAAAAGGGUCACUGUAAGGACCAUGAAAAAAUUCACACAGGAGAAAAGCCUUUUAGCUGUUCGAUUUGUGGAAAACGUUUUAUACACUCCAGUCAGGUCAAGAAACACAUCAUCCACAAUCAUCCCAGUGUGAAGUUAUCUUGAAUUAUCAGACCCUUUAUUUUUUGGAUUGUAUAAUGCCCUUUGGCAAGUACUAAAUGUAAAUGUGAAAAUUGGAUGAUAGGUAUAAUAUUUAGCAUUGAAAUUGAUAUUUGUUUUAAUUUUGCUUGUCAAGUAAAGUUGUCAAGUUGGAAAUAAUAUAAAAUGUUAUCAAAAACCAAUCCACAUUCAAUCAGCUGUGUUCACAUUCCAUAAGUAAAUGUAUUUAUGUUAAGUUAAUAUGUUUGUUCACAGAAUUGGUGUUGAUUUGAAAUUAUUUACUUAAAGUUCUGUCAUUUAAGAGCUGAAGUUCAAGCUACAUACCAAAUUGUAGCUUUAAAUCUUGGUAUUCUUUUUUUUCUGUUGUAGUCUCUAUGAUGUAGAUCUUGCUUGGCUAUAGACAUCGUCAUCUGUGUUUGAGCAGUUUUAAUGAAUAUCAAACCUGUUUUGGUAAAUG